AUGAUCAACACGAUCAGCGGUGGCCCCACCCUGGCGGGACCCUCUAACCGCUCGGCGAAGCAGUAUGUGCGCUCCGCCCACUGCCCUCAAGUCUUCGGCAUAGCGGAGGAUCGGUGCCGAAAGUUGUCAAAGGUGGGAUGGGAGCCCAUCACGUUCAGUGAAGAAGAGGAGGAGGGGAUCAUCUACCCCCACGACGACCCAAUGAUCAUUCGGGCCGAGAUCGCCGAUUACGACGUGGGUCGGGUGCUGAUUGACACCGGAAGCUCGGUGAACGUAAUCUUUGCCGAUGCGUUCAAGGGACUGGGGAUUGCGGACAGCAUGGUCAAUCGGCAAAUCACGCCUCUCCUCAGUUUCUCUGGAGAUCUGGUACAACCGGUCGGUAGCAUCAGUUUGCCCAUUGCCUUCGGCGUGGCCCCCAGGAAGACCAUGACCUACGACCAAUUCCUCAUUGUUGACUGCCCAACGGCAUACAACGUCAUCAUAGGGCGAACGGCACUCACCAGGAUCAAAGCCCACCUAUCCACACACAUGUUGCUGAUGAAGUUCCCGACACGCAACGGUACCGGAGCCAUCCGGGGCGAUCAGCUCAGCGCACGGACGUGCUAUGCCACGGCCCUUAAGUUGGUAGCCAGCAAACCGCCAAUGGAAGCCAUGACCUUGCAGGGACUACCGAACGGUAACGAACCCAUUGACGACCCCCGGGAGGAAAACCCAACGCCGAUGGCACAGCCCGCCGAGGAGCUCGAGACCAUAAUCCUGAACAAGGAUUUCCCCGAUCGGUGGGUGAAGAUCGGCACCAAUCUGAACCCCGACCUCCGAGGGCAGUUCAUCGACUUCUUACGGCAGCAUGCGGAGGUCUUCGCCUGGUCUUAUGACGAUAUGCCCGGCAUAUCACCCAAUGUCAUCAGCCACAAGCUCAGCAUCUCCCCCGCCCACAAACCAGUCAGGCAAAAACGCCGAUCGUAUGAUGCCGAACGGUAUGAGGCGAUGCGUGCCGAAGUUGACAAGCUCAAAGCCAUCGGCUUUAUCAGGGAAGCUACGUACCCUGUUUGGCUUGCCAACUCAGUCAUGGUUCGGAAGGCCAGGGGAGGAUGGCGAAUGUGUCAGGACUAUACCGACCUGAAUAAGGCUUGUCCGAAGGACAGUUUCCCAUUACCGAGGAUCGACCAGCUCGUCGAUGCCACCGCCGGGCACGAGCUGCUCAGCUUCAUGGACGCGUAUUCAGGGUACAACCAGAUCUUCAUGGACCCUGCCGAUAGAGAACAUACGGCAUUCAUCACGGAUCGCGGUUUGUACUGUUACAAUGUCAUGCCCUUCGGCCUGAAGAACGCGGGGGCAACUUACCAACGGCUCGUCAACCGGAUUUUUGCUAAAUACAUCGGCGGCAUCAUGGAGGUAUAUGUCGACGACAUGUUAGUAAAAAGCCGAACGGCAGGGGAUCACCUGGAAAACUUGGCCCUCAUGUUCGGUAUUCUAAAGGACUACCGAAUGCGGCUGAACCCGGCGAAGUGCGCCUUCGGUGUAUCUUCCGGUAAAUUUCUCGGGUUCAUGAUCAGCCAAAGGGGAAUCGAGGCCAAUCCCGAGAAAAUAAAAGCCAUAAUCGACAUGGAGACGCCGAAGACACAGAAGGACAUUCAGAGCCUUACCGGACGUGUCGCUGCCCUAACACGCUUCAUCUCCAGGGCUACCGAUAAAUGCGUGCCGUUCUUCAAAGCUUUGAAGGGGGGCAAACAUCAUAUAACGUGGACUCCCGAAUGCGACCAGGCAUUUCAAAACUUGAAGAACUAUAUGAGCCAGGCACCACUGUUAUCGAAACCGCUGCCAGGCGAGGUACUACUUCUAUACCUUUCGGUAUCCAACACUGCCGUUAGCUCAGUGUUGAUAAGGAAGCCGGAGAAGGCGGAUCUACCGAUCUUUUAUGUCAGCAAGGCGCUCCAGAGCGCAGAGCUUCGGUACCCACCCUUGGAGCAACUAGCACUGGCCUUGGUCGUCUCGGCACGAAGACUUCGCCCUUACUUCCAGGCUCACGAAAUAACAGUUCUGACGAACCAGCCUCUUCGGCAGGUACUCCAGAAGCCGGAAACAUCUGGCCGAUUGGUCAAAUGGGCAAUCGAGUUGGGAGAGUUUGACAUACAGUUCAAACCAAGGCCUGCAGAAAAAGGCCAGGCCGUUGCCGACUUCAUCUCCGAACUCACACCCCCUGCUUUAUCAGAACCGUCAUCACCGAGCGUCGUCCCUACCGCACCAGAGAAAAUGGAUGCCGAACGUUUCGACACUUCUGUUCCUCUCUGGAUCCUGCACGUGGACGACUCGGCAAACCAGCAAGGCUGUGGUGCCGGAUUAGUGUUAACCACUCCAGAUGGUAGCAAAAUCGAAUAUGCCCUCCGAUUCAACUUCCGAACCUCCAAUAACGAGGCAGAAUAUGAGGCCCUCCUGGCCGGCCUUCGGCUAGCCCAGAGCCUGAGCGCGAGGCAGAUCAGCAUUCACAGCGACUCCCAGCUCAUAGUAAAUCAGAUAACGGCAGACUUUGCAGCAAGGGAUGCCUCCAUGUCAGCCUACCUAUCGGCAGCCCACCAACUACUACAAAAAUUCCAGGCCUAUGAGAUACGGCAGAUCCCCAGGUCGGAAAAUAGCCACGCCGACGCGCUCUCACGAUUGGCCUCGGCCAUAAACGACAAGAUCGGAAGGAAGGUACCGGUGGAGAUAUUAUCCCAACCAAGUACGACCGCCGCUGAGGUAUGUACCGUUCGGUACGAGGACACAUGGAUGUCUCCAAUCUAUGCCUACCUGACUGCCGGAACCCUUCCUACCGAUAAGUCCCAAGCUCGGAAACUUCGCUACCGAUCGGCAAGGUACACAGUCAUCAACGAUGUCCUGUACAAACGGGGCUACACGACGCCAUAUUUAAAAUGCCUGACCAAGGAGCAGGGGGACUACAUCCUUCGGGAGGUCCACAGCGGAAUCUGCGGUGACCAUUCUGGAUCCCGAUCGCUCGCACACAAGAUCUUCCGGCAGGGUUAUUUCUGGCCGACUCUACACCAGGAUGCGAACACACUAGUCAAGAGGUGCGACAAAUGCCAGCGGUUCGGUAGUGUCCCUCAUAUUCCUGCCGAGCCACUGUCACCGAUCGUGAGCCCAUGGCUGUUCGCCCAAUGGGGACUAGAUCUAAUUGGUCCGAUGCCAGAGGGCAAGGGUUAG